AUGCCUCUCUCAUACUGGACCAUCGGCUCUCUAUAUGGCGCGAGUUCCGUUGCCCUAGGUGCAUUUGGUGCUCAUGGCCUCAAGAAGCGCAUAUCUGACCCGACCAAGCUUGCCAGCUGGAGCACUGCGGCACAGUACCAACUCAUCCACUCGGCCGUUCUCCUUCUUUCCCACAGUGUGGCACCCCGAAACACCCUAGCCGCCGGCCUAUUCACCGCCGGUAUGACCAUGUUCAGUGGCAGUAUUUACCUCCUCAUUCUCGAUCCACAUCGAUUCAAGUUCCUCGGUCCCAUUACGCCCAUCGGUGGCCUAUGUCUUAUUGGUGGCUGGUUAGCAUUGGCUUUCGGAAAGAAGAUUCCUUUUCCUCGAUGA